GCUGGAAACCUGAGAAGGAGCCAUGGUCCUCCUGCCAGGAACAGAUGGUUACUGUUUAAAUGAGGGUCAACGCUGCUUCUCAUCUGUGAAGUGACUUCAGGGGACAAUACAUCAGUUCAAGCCAAGCAAUUUGCCACAUUCCUCAGAGGAACACGAGAAACCUUGGUUCAAACUUCUGCUGAAUCACAACCAUUUGGCGCUGAGCUAUGACAAGAGAGGAAACAAGAAGUUAAAGGAGCAACCAGGGCCAUACGUGAAGAGAGAAGUCCAUUGAUAACAUGCUCUUACGAAGCUCAGGAAAAUUAAAUGUGGGCACCAAGAAAGAGGAUGGUGAAGGUACAGCUCCUACUCCUCGCCCCAAAGUCCUUCGUUGUAAAUGCCACCACCACUGUCCCGAAGACUCAGUCAACAAUAUCUGCAGCACAGAUGGGUACUGCUUCACCAUGAUAGAAGAAGAUGACUCUGGGAUGCCUGUUGUCACCUCUGGAUGUCUAGGACUAGAAGGGUCAGAUUUUCAGUGUCGUGACACUCCCAUCCCUCAUCAAAGAAGAUCAAUCGAAUGCUGCACAGAAAGGAAUGAAUGCAAUAAAGACCUACACCCUACGCUGCCUCCACUGAAGCACAGAGGUGAGGCAGACUUUGUUGAUGGACCUAUUCACCACAAGGCUUUACUCAUAUCUGUGACUGUCUGUAGUUUACUCUUGGUCCUCAUUAUCUUAUUCUGUUACUUCAGGUAUAAAAGACAAGAAGCCAGGCCUCGGUACAGCAUUGGGCUAGAGCAGGAUGAGACUUACAUUCCUCCUGGAGAGUCACUGAGAGACUUGAUCGAGCAGUCUCAGAGCUCAGGAAGUGGAUCAGGUCUCCCUCUGCUGGUCCAAAGGACAAUAGCUAAGCAAAUUCAGAUGGUGAAGCAAAUUGGAAAAGGUCGCUAUGGGGAAGUGUGGAUGGCAAAGUGGCGUGGAGAAAAGGUGGCCGUGAAAGUGUUCUUCACCACCGAGGAAGCCAGCUGGUUCCGAGAGACGGAGAUCUAUCAGACGGUCCUGAUGAGGCAUGAAAACAUUCUGGGGUUUAUUGCUGCAGAUAUUAAAGGGACUGGGUCCUGGACUCAGUUAUACCUCAUCACAGACUAUCAUGAAAAUGGUUCUCUUUAUGACUACCUGAAAUCCACCACCCUAGAUGCAAAGUCCAUGCUGAAGUUAGCCUACUCUUCCGUCAGCGGCCUAUGCCACUUACACACGGAAAUCUUCAGUACUCAAGGCAAACCAGCAAUCGCCCAUCGAGACUUGAAAAGUAAGAACAUCCUGGUGAAGAAAAACGGGACUUGCUGCAUAGCAGACCUGGGCUUGGCUGUCAAGUUCAUCAGUGAUACAAAUGAGGUUGACAUUCCACCCAACACACGGGUUGGCACCAAGCGCUAUAUGCCUCCAGAAGUGCUGGACGAGAGCUUGAAUAGAAAUCAUUUCCAGUCUUAUAUCAUGGCUGACAUGUAUAGUUUUGGACUCAUCCUCUGGGAGAUUGCAAGGAGAUGUGUUUCUGGAGGUAUAGUGGAAGAAUACCAACUUCCCUAUCAUGACCUGGUGCCCAGUGACCCUUCUUAUGAGGACAUGAGAGAAAUUGUGUGCCUUAAGAAGUUACGGCCUUCAUUCCCCAAUCGGUGGAGCAGCGAUGAGUGUCUCCGGCAGAUGGGGAAGCUUAUGACCGAGUGUUGGGCUCACAAUCCUGCCUCCAGGCUGACAGCCCUGCGAGUUAAGAAAACACUUGCCAAAAUGUCAGAGUCCCAGGACAUUAAGCUCUGACGCUGGAUACUUGUGGCCUGAGCAAGAGAAUUUACAGAAACAUCUGUAGCCCAAGUCUUGAACAUUUUCCUACUGCCCAAUGGGUUCAGACUUCCCCUCUCAGGGAGCAAGCUGGACAGACAUAGAAAGGCCCCAGAGACACAGAGUCAUUAUGGCUUUCUGAGGAGGGGAAACCAUUUGGGUAACUUGUUCAAGAUAUGAUUCAUGUUGCUUUCUAAGAAAGCCUUGUAUUUUGUGAUUGCCAUUUUUUUAAAAAGAUACUUUAAUUUUACCAAAAUAAAACAAAUAUUGUAGAUGUUUUAAGGUUUAUACAACUAUAGUUUAAAUAAUAACAAACAUUCUUUCUAGAAAAUUUCCUAGAAGUCCAAAUGUUUUUCUAUUGGCAAAAUACUCUUGCACUCAAAAAACUCAAAUAGUCUGAGAAUGUAAAUUAGAGUUCAACUUCCCUGAUUUACUGCCCCAGGCCCCACAGAUUGUUUGGGCCAGCCCUGCUGAAGGCUGCCAGGGCAGUGUGAAUAUACAUGCAUACAAGUCCCACCUGUCUGGGACCACAGUUUGGAAUCCUGCAGGCGGACCUCUUGCAGCUUCAGCCAGUGUGGAACAAAUGAAGGUUUUAUGUCACUAAUAGAUGUAUGUGUUGGUGGGUAUUCUUCAGAACCACACCUGUUUCUGGUUGUAUUAGACAGAUCUUUCAGGUAAAUCCUCUCCAUUUCGUUAAACACGAGCAAAGGCUUCCUCAUGUGCAGAGAAUCGGCACGGGCAUGCUUUUUGUUCUUGUAAAUCAGAAGAUCAAUAUUAAAUAAAACUGCCAUGAGUAUGGUAGAGGCGAGGUGCUUUGAAAUAGAAAUGAUUUAGAAAAACACGCCAGUAAGGUAGGGCAAAUAUUGAAGGUGUGGAUAGAUGGCGUGUUUCUUAUGUAUGCGUAAGAGCCCGUUACAGAAACGCAGGAAAGAAGUAUACACAUCAUAGUUUGUUUAGAUCUAGAUAGUUGUAUGUUGUUGUCUUUUUCUAAAUCUCAGACUUAAGAGGCAGAGAGGAAGCAUCUGUCAGAUUAUUAUCACUAAACUCAAUUUAAAAAUAAGCUUCAAGUGGUUGAGCAGAGAGAAGUUAACGAAGGUCAUCAAAUACCAUGGCUGCUGUGAUUUAUUCUAGAAUAGAUAUGGAUCCGGUAGGGACCUCUUAAUUAUUUCACACCUUAGGUAUGACUCACUCAUUCUAAUGUGCAUUUCACUAUUAACUUAUUCUGUUUCUCCAUUAUGGCAUGUGUAAACAAACAUCUUCUGAUUCAGUCCUGUGAGGUUUUAACUUUUGACUAUAUGAGCAAAAUCACCGAUAAGCCAAUAUUCCUUAGAAACAGGAUCACAGUAAAGUGGAAAAUGCCACAUGACCCUUGCAACUUUAUCCAUUUAUUUCCCUGCUGUGUUUCUUCCUUAAUGAUUAGGAAUUACUUACUGGUUAUUAUGGAAGUACUUUGCCUUAGAAAAUGACAUUCCUUCCAGAAUACUCCAGGGGGCAGUGUUUUCUUAUACUUUUCACCACUGGGUGCUUGAAAGAUGGAGAAUUUAAGAAAAACGGACAGCUGCAUGAGAAAGGAGGAAAUAUUUCCCUCUCCUCUGGAGUAGACGUUCAUCUGGUAGACAGUUCAUCUAGAAAAGAUCCUACAGUUGCAGUGUCUGUGAGCAGUGCUCAGAGUCUGGGAAAACUGUAGAGAAGAGCCCUUUUCUGUUCUAAUUCACUGUGUGGUACCUUAGAGCCAUGCUUUGUUUUCCACUAAGAAAGAAAACUUUCUCAGUUCUUGAAUUUGAAAAAAUAAAAACAGACCAUUGUUAAUUUAAUGGUCAUCAGAUUUUGUUCUUACUGAGGCCAGUAGAAGCUGAGCCACUGAAGAUCUAUUUCACUGUUAAAUUGUAUUUACCACAGACAGUUUCCCCAUAUAUUUGUGAACUAAGUGUGGCAGUCAUCUGAGCCUGGGAGAAAAAAACCUUAAUGCCUAGACAGGGUCAUCUAUAAACACCUAAGGAAGCAUUUUGCUAGUUAACUGAGUAUGUUUUGAUUUUUUUUUUCUUGGUUUUCCUUAGGUUUAAUUGAGGUUGUAGGGACCUCUUAGGUCAAGCUGUGUUUCCUUAUCAGUAGAUUUUUAAAACAUGGUUAACUUCAAACCAGAAUGUUUUGUGGUGAGGCUGUUGAUGACACAGGUUUACUAGAUUUCUCGGGUUCCAGUGAAGAAUGGGGAGAAACUUAAGAGAGCCCAGAUCUCAUCCACAUCGUUCAUUUUGUUGCUAUGGGAAAAAAAGUCACAGCUUACUUUCUUAUUUAUUCAAUAUGAAAAUCUUGAAAUUAUUGAGAUAUUUUAAAAGAUCCACUCAGUUAUUACCAAUUUUCAAUGAAAUAAGAAUUUAUAAUUUAUUUAUGAAUAUAAUUUCUGUCUUAUGAAAAUCUACUUAAUAAAACUAAGUUGUUGUUAACGACUACCUGUUCAUUUCCCAAUAAUCCAUGAUAACUUUUAAACUUCUAGCAUAUCAGAAAUGAAAGUUAUUUUAUCUUUUGCUUUCACUUCCUACAAAUUAUUAAUAUAAUUGACUGCUGCUUACCUUCAGUGCUCUUUCAAAGAGUAAGAUUUACUUCUAAUUUCUCUCCCCCAAAAGGAAUCCUUAAUUAUUGUUAGAUAAGCUUUGUAUGUUCAAGUGUAUGGUUGAUGUAUGUGUGUAUAUAUUAUAUAAAUAUAGAUGCAUAUGUAAAUAUAUUCAUCCUGGAGUCUGGCACAACUCUAGUAUGUGGAUUAGAGAGUAAAAUAUUAUGGAUGAUAAAGUCCUAAAUGAAACAUAAUAUUUAUUUAUGGAAGCAUAUAGAUUGUUAACUCACAAAUGAAGAGCCGUGAGCACCAUGUCUGAUCUCUUGGACAGAGUACCCCAAAGUCACUCCUGAACAUUUUUAUAUUCCUCAAGCAGAAAGCUUCUUAGAUGGCAUGCUGGGAUUUUAUUUGCAGGGAAUUCUUUGACACAUUUCAAUUGGUGUGUAGUCAAGGAUAACAAAUACUUAAUGAUGACUGACUGAAAAGUUCCUAGGGCCAUGCAUAUUCAUCAGGAAUUUCAUAUUGUUCACCUGUUCUCACGCUUGGUGGAUGGAAAGGCCACGAGAAAAAUACACUUUUUAAAAAUUUGAACAUGUUUUGGUGGUUUUACCACCUCAGAAACCCCCAGUUCCACAAACAGUGGAAGUGAAAAGGGGCUGCAUCAAAAUGGCACUAUUUAACAAUUAGAACUAAUUGUUACAUAAACUAAUGCCACAUUUUUAAGGAGAAAAGGUGGCACUAGAUGGGGGGUAUUCUUUUCUCUCUGUUUCAAAAGAAGUCUCAUUUGUGUUCUUUAGGGGGAACCAGUGCCUUAUGGAAUUUGUAUAUACUGUAAUUAUUGGGGUUAGGGAACAAACAAUUGUAUUUGUUACAAAUUGUGUAUGAGCUGUUUUCAUAUUUCCUUCAAUAAAUGGUGUCAUUCCCCCAUAGAAGAA